UUCAGCAUCAUCAGGAUGGCUCUCAGACUGCUGGCUCUUCAGUCUUCACUGCUGUUUGCAUUUCAGUUGGCUUCUUCAGCCUGCAAUUCAGAUAUCAAGGGUCCUUAUCCAAUUUCACUGGUUGUUUACAACUCCAUCAAAGGUAAGAAUUUGACAUACACAACUGAAAUUGCCUACAGAGGAAUCUUACUUGGAGCUAUGAAGAAAAUCCAAGCAUCCACGAGCACAUUUAGAUUCACCACUAAAGAAGAUUCAAACUACGGCCCCUUUCUGGUCAGUGUGAAUGGAGUGGCAGGGAACCCAGCUGACCACACAUACUGGGAGCUUCUUGCCAAGCUUAAGAAUGGAACCACUAUCAGACCUGACGUGGGUGUUGGAUGCUACAUUCCAAACCCGCAUGAUACGAUUAUCUUGAAAUUCAGAAAAUGGGAUCAAGAAGAAGACCACGUGGUGUGUAAUCUGCUGUACGUCUCUUGUUAGACAUGAUUUGUAAAGAAUGCCAAAUGUAAGGCAAAUAUCAUGAUAAUAAAAUUAACUGCAUGAAGUAAAA